UAGGUGUGGUAUCUUUCUUGUUUUCAAAAUCAUUCUUAAUCUAAUCUCAAUCGUUAAUUUAAAAAUAUGAUGUAAUAAAAGUAAUGAAAGAGGUAAAUUUUGGUAGCUACCAUGGUUACUCAAAAUUGAGUAACCACGAGCAGUACUACUGCUUAGUAUCAACAGCCUUCAAGACUUCAUAUUCAUCAUUUUUGAAAGCGGGGGAAGGGAUGCACCUUUAUCUUUUAGCCACUAGCCAAUCAGAGACUGACUUUGUGCAAAGUCCAUAAUGGAUUUGGAUUAGACUCAAAUUCAUCACCAAAUCUUUGAAGCAAACAACUCCUUAUAAAUUUGAUUUGUCUUCCAAUAUUUUGAUCAUGCAAACAAAGAAUUUUCAUCAAAUCUUUGAUGAUUAGUAGGCCGUUUGCUUUAUGAAUUUAAAUGAUGGAUUUAGGUCUCAAAUCCAAUCCAUCAUGAAAUUUCUCAAAAGUCAUUAUUGGCUUCAUGUUUGUUGAGGGAUCAAAAUUUGUGGGUCCAUGGACAUUAAGGGCCCAAUUUGUAUGCCACGAACUUGCUUAUCUCAUGUCAAGAAGUGAAAUUCGAACCAUGAUCUAAUCAAGUCAAUCCAUAAUAGAAAUCCAAUAAGCAAUCAAUAGACUCAUUAAAAUCUAUAAUGUCAACAAAUUCAUCAUAAAUUUAGAAUUUUCCUAAACUCGAAAUUUAACAAAACUCUCUUUUUUUUUUUAAAUAAAAAACAAAUAAACGGCUUGAUAUUUGGGACCAAAUCCAUGAUAAAAAUCCAAGCAACAAACUACCCCAAACCUCUUAUUACCAAACGUCAUAUCUAAUUUGUAAUAUUACGGAAUAAUUUCGUCGUCGUUGCCCUGACCACUGACAUGAGUGAUCAAUGAUACGAUCCUCCAUCUCCGUCCUUGGACUCCGGUCAUCACAAAGCAAAUUUAUGAUGAUCUUGUUGAUGUUCCUUUCCGGAUCCAGCUAUGGGACAUCAAGGAAGACUGUUGUACACAGCAGUUUGGUAGGAAAAUGGUGAAUACCACUAUUGGAAAAGUUCUGGAAUCCGGAGUGUUUGCCUGCCAAGAAACGGGCACAUGGUUUGUGAAAGUGAAGGCCCUAGUCGACUUCACAAAAACGCUUUGUUCCUAGAUCAUGGCGGCCAACGAUGAUACAUGAUGUUUCUAGGUACACUUUCAGUACGAAUAUGAAAGCCUACCAACCCCCGCCUAAACAAGGCUCUCGAGCUAAAAAGAGAAAUGGCAGGCAUCCAAAGGUGGCGAGGAAGGGUGAAGUUCGAGAAGCAAAGGUGGUGGGGAAGGGGGAAGUUCGAGAGGCUGACCUGCGGGCACCUUUGCGGAACAAAAAGAAUCAGGUGACCAAGGCUGGUUCGGGUGCUACUACCCAUAGAGGUCACAAGCUGAUGAAGGGUGGCGGUUUGGCUGUGAGUUUGGGGAGGAGGGAAGAGAUGUUGAGAAGGAAGCUGUGUUGGGUGAUUCCCCGCUGAUCGUUAAUGAUCCAAAGGGGCUGGCUGUGGACAACUCCCAACUCGAGCCAAUGGACUCAGAUGAGACUCUCUCAGAAGAGGAGAUACCCUCCUUUGAGCUCAAACGACGUAUGCAUGGGGGGGGGGGGGAUUUUGAAUGGUGAUAAUCAGGAAAAUGGUCUGGUUAUGAAGGCAUCUCCUGCUGAAAAGUGGGUGCGUCGGCCUCGAUUCCCGGAGAAGCUCCAACAGUAGGAGAUAGGUGGGAAUGAAGACGGUCAUCGUGGACUUAAUGUUUAUGGUUCCAACAUGGGCGUCAAUACAGCUUGCGGUGUUAAACGCUCUUUGGAUAAUAUUGAGGGGGAUGCUGCUGAGCCUCCCACUCCAAAGAAGCAGUUUGUGGAGGAUAAUGAGGAAGUGGAUAAGGUGGAGGAAGCCAGCCUAGAGUGGCCCCAAUAUGAUAAAUGAGGCUUCUUGCCUGGAAUGUGAGAGGAAUUGGACCAUCCCUCACAUUUCAAACUGAUGUUGGUUUAGUGCAUUCCAAUAAACCGGAUCUCGUUUUUUUUUAUUAUGAAAUACGAUCGAGCCACAGAGUAGUGUCCCGGCGUUUGCGGGGUUUAGGUUUUCAACUUUCUCAUUGUUUCUUUGUUGAUGUUGUUGAUGCAUCAGGUGGGUUAGUAGUAGCUUGGUCCCCCGGGGUUGAUGCCUCGGUGUUUUUUCCAUUUAAAUUUUUGUAUUUGCACUAAGAUUAAUGAAGCGAAUUUUUCUUAUGUUGUGGUUUCGGUCUACAUUAGCUGUGAUGUGGCCAUAAGAGCCAACCAACUGGCCCGCUUACAAGAGAUUUGCAAUUCGAUCCGGAUUCCCUAUGUGGUCAUUGGUGAUUUCAAUGCUACCCUUCAUGAGGGGGAAAAGGAUGGUGGGAAUGCCUGGAAUGUUUUCAAGUCUAUUAGCCUGCGUGAGUUUGUCCAAGAUUUGGGCCUCCAUGAUCCUGGUUACCAGGGGGAUCAAUUCACUUGGACGAAUAAACGUAUGGGUGCUGCGUGCAUUCGUGAGAGACUGGAUAUGGCUCUUUGCUCGCAGUCCUGGAUUGACAAAUUCCCCGAAACGCUGGUUAAACAUUUCACGGAUCAGGACUCUGAUCAUCGAGCUCUUCUCCUCUCCGAUAAGGCGUAUAGUCGAUACUCCAGGCCACUGUUUUGCUUUGACGCCCGCUGGGCUGAUAACCUAGAGGUCAAAGCCAUGGUUAACUAUGUGUGGCAAGAGAGUAUUCCAGGUACCCCUAUGUUUCAACUUUGGGAACGCCUGAAGAAAUUACGUCAUCUUCU